UACGUCACUCAUGACGACAUUUUGGGAGGUCGCUGAGGUGUAAACAGGAAGUACUGUAAACCGAACUGACUCAAGUGCGAAGAAAAAACGUACGACCAUCUCUCCAAAUGGUGUCCCUGAUUUGCACUAUACAAGACCACCGAGAUGACGUCAACUGGUGUGCAUUCUCCACACAACUGUUAGCCACAUGUUCGGGCGACAAGACCGUGCGGGUGUACAACACCCAGGACUUCUCCGAACUGGCCUUCUCACCGCUGGAAGGACACGGUUACAGUGUCCACUGCUGUUGCUUCAGCCCCUGCGGACAGUUCCUUGCCUCGUGUUCCACAGAUGCCACCACGCUGGUGUGGUCCAUGGUCACCGGAGAGAUCGAGGCAGUCCUACAGCAUCCCGGUCGCAGCCCCGUUAGAAUCUGUGUGCUCUCUCCGGACUCCACCCAUCUGGUCUCUGGUGCAUCUGAUGGGUCAUUGGCUCUCUGGGAUUUCCCAUUCAAGCAGCUCCGCAGGACCAGCUGCGUGAGUGACACGACAUUGGUGGCGUGCUCGUUCAGCCCGUGCAGCCAGUUGUUUGUCACGGGCUCCACCUACGGCGACCUCCGUGUGUGGGACCUGGAUUUGAACCAGCUCCAUGCAGAGAAGAAUGCUCACGACCUCGGCGUCACCUGCUGCGCCUUUGCUCCCAACAUCCUCAGCGACAGUCAAGUUGUGCAGUUUCAUUUGGCGUCGUGUGGUCAGGACAGUCACGUGAAGAUCUGGGCCAUGAACAAGCUGAGUUCUGGAGCCUUUAGGAUGCAGCUUCUGCACACGUUGACUGGCCAGUCGGCUCCUGUCCUCACAUGUGCAUACUCCUCAGAUGGACAACUGCUUGUCUCAGGCUCUGUGGACAAAACAGUGACCGUCUAUGAUGCAAAAAAUGCUGUGUUGCUUUACACAUUGAAUCAGCAUGAGAGGUAUGUGACGGCGUGUUCCUUCUCUCCAACUUCACCACUAAUUGCCACGGGAUCCAUGGAUAAGACGGUGAACAUCUGGAGAGUGGAAGAUGGAUGCAGUGGGCAUGCUGGGAAACCAAUGCCUGAAGACUCCACUGUGACGGCAUGUCAAGCAUCGACAUCAGCAGGUCGGUCCAAGCUGCUGGUCAGUGAUUGGUCAGAAGAGGAUGUGGCCGUGUGGCUGUUGGAGGAAGGUCUGGAGGGAUUGGUGGACACAUUCAGGAGCAACAACAUUGACGGGAUUGAGCUGCUUGCACUUACCAAAGAUACACUGCUGUCAGAACUGCACAUAGAAUCAGUGGGGCAGCGCAGCAAAUUCCUGAGGAAGGUGGAAGAGUUGAAGAAUGCCUUGGUGUGUUCGGGUGUUCCUGAUGAGUUCCUGUGUCCAAUCACCAGGGAGUUGAUGAGAGAACCAGUCCUCGCUGCUGAUGGCUACUCGUAUGAGAGGGAGGCCAUCACGAUGUGGAUCAACACCAGGAACCGCUCCAGCCCCAUGACCAACCUGCCCUUACUGACAACUCUGCUCACCCCGAAUCACACGCUGAAGAUGGCCAUCGCUAGGUGGAGGACAAACCAUUAAGAAAGUCUCCGCCACCACUGCCACUCCAUCAUUUCAGGUGCGCGAGUAGAAAGACCCAAAAUAUUUCACAUUCCUCAUGGACAACUUCAUUUCAUUAGUGUCGAGUUGUUCUGUGUGGGCAGAUUUAAAUACGCUGUUGUAGUUUGUUCAUUUGAGUGCACUCAUAAUCAUGCAGAACAAACUGAACAUUAACAUGAUGACAUUUUACAUUAUGUAUCAUCACAUUCUCCUCGUAUUGUAUUUCAAAGUGUGAAUAGCUAGCUUUCAUAACACGUGUAUACUUGGUCUUAACGAGAAGUGAGUUGACUAGCCAAAUUUGUACUAACAAGUACACCUAUUGUACCCUUUAACCCUUUCAGGGACAGCGGUGUGAAUAUCUUACCAUGUUUUCAGGUUACAGGGUACAUGAAAGGGUGAAAUUGGUUUAUUGGUCAGUUGGUUUAACGUUUCCCAUCCCUGGUCUAGAUUACUACUCAUGUCUUUUUAUUCCUUUAAACUGCAUUCCAUACAAUAGUGGUUUCUUUCGAAAGCCGUUCACAUAAUCCUAGCACUUGUUUGUACGCUUACAUGCAAACAAAUAGGUACAGAAAUGGUCCCUUUGCCUGUUUGGACCAUUUGUGUACCCUUUGUAACCAUAAACACUAAUGGUAUUUGUACCUAGGGGGUUCUAUUGCGAACGAAUCCUACAGCGUACAUCACUAAACUUGCAGCUUGGCGGACAAAAAAAUGACUCCUACAUUACCGUUUUUGUCUGAGCGUGAACUGAGAAUAAAAUAAUCACCAACUUUAGCUUUUUAAAUCAGGUCAUUUUGAUUACCCUAUUUAGCUCCAUGAAAACUUCAAAUUAUUAGAAGCAGUUUAUUGCAGUGCACUUCUACAACAGUGCAAAUUAAAACCACAAUAAUAAACAUCUUGUUGAUGGUGCUUUGUAUUUUAUUAGCCUUGUAGCCAUUAUUUGUUCUCCUUACACAUUGCAUGAGGACGAUUUCCUGAUCCAGCACACAUAGCUGGACAUUCUUUCAUUUUCUCUUAAUCCAAAUACACCCAGGAAACAUACACCGUGCUGUGAAAGAAGCAUAAAUAAUUAACUACAGUCAUCUUUGUUAAUUUAUUGUACCACAUUUGUGGCCACAUUCUGUAUUCGUAGCAUGAAAAGUGGAUAUGACAACUAUGGACAUAAUUGUAAUAAGACUGGUCUGUAUUUUUAAUUCUUGACUGCUUGUGUUCAGGAAAACCAAUAAACACUUCAUAAGUUG